AUGUCCAUUUUGAAGGGGGUGCAACCGAUCUUCACCCAGGGCCCAGCGGGCAUAUCCCUGCCUCCAGGGCCCCCAAUCUCAGAGUCGGCCAUACCCAACACCUUCGCCUAUCUUCAGAAAGUCGGCAACCCGAUGCCUCAACAACGUCCGCAAUCCGACAAAACGAACAGACCACGUGCUACAAAAGCAGAUAUCGAGACUGUGCAGGCCACAUCUAAGACAGCAGGUCGAGUCAUAAAGAAAUCUGACAGGCGCGGGCGACCCAAGAAAAUCAGCGAUGACCUCACGCAAAAGAUGACUAUGCUGUUGGAGCAGUCAAACGGAGACGUUUCUUGGGAACAAUUAGGACACUCGGUUGGCGUGGACGGCGUACAUUUACAAACAAUCCGAAACUAUAUGAUCAAAGAAGGCUACUGUAAGCGAAUAGCAUGCCAACAAAAAUGGUUAUCGAAACAAGCCCGAGAAUCACGAAUGCAGUAUGCUCUGGCACACCACAAAUGGCAGAACGAGUGGCGCUCAAUGCUGUUCAGUGAUUUUGUCAAUUUCGGUCUCGGGACAACACAGAAAGCAAAAGUGUUCAACCGGAAAGACGAGAGGCUAUGCGAGGAUUGUUUACAGUCUAGGGAGGAGAUUGAUAAAGCCCUAUUCCAUUGCUGGGCAAUGGUGGGAUACGACUACAAGGGCCCUCUGAUUUUCCUCCAGCCCGAAGAUAGCGAUCUCUCUGCAAUGAGUCAGCAUGACUACAUAUCGCAAAUCAUACAACCACACGUUCAACCUAUCGUGACCGUUCGGCGGAUGAUAUACCUCGACAACGCUAGCAGCGGGUACGAGAACGCGACGACCCAGAACACGGUACACGCCUACCUCGAUUCAUUACAGCUGCCUUAUAUUCAGAACCCGGCGACCUCGCCUGACCUCAAUAUCUUGAAGGAUAUUCUACUCGUGCUGAAAAAGAGACUGCAAAAGAGGAGCAUCGGGGACGAGGUGCAGUUAAAGAUUGCAGUAUUGGAAGAAUGGGAUCGGAUCACGACAAAGGAGAUCAAUAAAUUGGUCGAUACGAUGAAAAUACGCAUGGAAAAGGUGUUAGCGCGGAAGGGAAUGCCUAUAUGA